AGAGAGAUAGAGAGAGAGAGAGAGAGAGAGAGAGAGAGAGAGAGAGAGAGAGAGAGAGAGAGAGAGAGAGAGAGAGAGAGAAGAGAGAGAGAGAGAGAGAGAGAGAGAGAGAGAGAGAGAGAGAGAGAGAGAGAGAGAGAGAGAGAGAGAGAGAGAAUGUCUAAUUAA